AUGCCUGAUCUGGAUAACUGUCAAUUCUCCAACGGUACCCACCAUUACGACUUCUCUGGCUUGUAUAACACAACCCAAUACUCCAGGGCAAGUGGAAGAAACACUUAUUACUUCAACAUCUGUGCCCCAUCACAGUUAUGUCAAAUGAAGGCUGGCAAUUCUGACUCGGUUGUCUGUCAACAAUCGGGAUCAACCUUCUAUAACCUCGGUCUUUCAAAGACUGGUCAAUGGUCUGCUCUAAGUAAUGGUAAAGAGGGUGCCCAAGUCCAUUACAGUGAUGGUGCACCUUGCUCUAGGGCAAUCAGAAACACUGUGAUUCAGCUAGAAUGUGGAACUGGACCUACUACUAUCUUAAGUGUGUCCGAGGUUGAAGCAUGCUCAUAUGAAAUAACAAUGUCAAGCUCUCUCGCAUGUCCUCAAUAA